UUCACAGUAAAAUUGUUUCACCAUGAAAUACCUGUUGUUGAUAGUCAUUUUCGCCUUCGUUUGUUACGAGGCAAUUAAUGCUGCCAUUCUGUGCAGAAGUGCCUCGUUCAAUUUUUGUGACAAAGUCGACUGCUCGUCCGAACCAAAAUGUUGUCCUAAGGGCAAAACUUUAACCAAAGGUGGCUUCUGUCUUUGCUGUAAUGUUUGUGCCACUAUUUUGAAGGAAGGUGAACAAUGUCCGGUUAGUUUAGUCAUAGGGGGACCCCCGCCCACAGUUUACUGCGAAGAAGGUUUGCAGUGCAUUAACAGCACUUGUCAAGCUGCCCAAUGAGAAAAUAAAUAAUUCGAUUAA